UCUUGUAACUCUGGAUAAUUAUGAUCUGAAUCACUCCGAAAUUAAAACAUAUCAGCCAAUCCUUUUAUCUCACAGAAAGAAUAAAGCAGAUAACGAGCUACCCGGGGAAAGCACAGCAGCGAGCCCCCGGGAUCAGCCUCCGCUCAUCUGCGAGGCUCCAGCCUGUGCAGGCGGCUUUGUAUUGCGGCGUUACGGACCGGGCUCAGUCCUGCAGAGCUCAUUAACUCUCAUCCCUCGACACCGACCCACGAGAACCAACGACAACCACAGCACUUCUGCUCAGCACAGGCUUAAUCAAGCAAGGCAGCUGUUACGGGGCUAACUCCCUCUCCAAACAGCAUUCCGCCCUCCAGCAGUCACUCAUCAACUAAACCAGGACUGAACUAACUUCUGCUGUACAACCCCGCCCCAGCCCUUCCCCGCGUAGCCCCAAACUCAGCACCGACGCCACGAGGACUCCGCCCUCCCCAGCACGGCGGGGGGGAGGGGCCCGCCUGCUCGCACGAGCGCUGCCGUAACAGCGCCGCACUUUACGGCCUCGCCGCAAAGCAGGGACGGAAGCGGCCGGCUGCCGAGGAGCGCAGGGCGCCAUGGACCGGAGGAAGAAGCCGCUGGACGUGGCCGCCUCCUCGUUGGUAGAUCUCAAAGCAGAGCUCUUCCGAAAACAAGAAGAAUUCAAGAAGGAAAAGCUACUGAAAGAUGCUGGCAUCUUCGCAAAGCCCAAACCCACUAAUAAGAAACCAAGCAUCUGGACCAAACAGAACACAGGAGUUGCAAAACGAGCUGAGAAAGAUGUUGAGCAGAAGGCAGAAGAGGAUCAAACCCUAGAUCAAUCAAGGAAGAAACUUGAAGAGAAAGCCAAGCUGUAUGAGAAGAUGACAAAAGGCGAUUUCCCAGAUGAAGAAACCGAAGAUUUGUACCUAGUGGAUUUCACUCAGAAGAUCAUAGACAAACAGCGAGAAGUACAGGAACUGUAUCAGAGCGAAGCUGCUAGAAAGACUUCAGAAAAAGAGACAGAUGAUGAGGAAAUUCUUCCAGAAACAGAAAUACCGCCACCAGAGGACCCAGAUGAGGAAUGGGUUGAUUAUGUUGAUUCCUUGGGCCGAUCUAGACGCUGUAUGAAGAAGGAUUUGCCAAGUAUACUUAAAAUGGAUCAGGAACUUCAAGGGAAAAGACUAGAUCCUGAUGGGAACACACUGUUAUCUGAAGAUAUGAAAAGAGAACUUCAGAGGCAGCAGUGGGAAAAAGAAGAAGAAGAAGCCCUCCGAAAACCCAUGGGGCCCAUACAUUAUGAGGACAUUCGAGAAAAUGAGGCCAGACAGCUUGGUGUUGGUUACUUUGCCUUUUCUCGUGACCAAGAUCUUAGGCAUAAACAACGGGCAACACUGGAUAUGCUAAGAGAGCAGACACUGGAUCAAAGAACUAAACGUGAACAGUUAAAAGAGAAAAGGAAGGCAGCUCUAGAAUCAAGGCUGUCUAAACUUCGAGCACGGAAGGUGAAGAAGUUAAGGGAAGAAGGAUUAGAAGAAGAGGCAGAAAAACUGGAGAACGGAGAGGUGAAAGACACUACUGCUCCAGUACAAGCUGAACCUGAAGUUCCAAGAGCAAGUAGAAAGGUAGAGGUUGUCAUCCAGGAGAGAAGAGAUACAAAGCCUGGCGUGCCUUAUGUCCGCGAGUGGGAUAAAGGCAAAGAGUUGAUGUUUGGACAAUGGUCGAAGAAACAGGAAGAACUCAGAGAUGAGCGAGAUCCAGAAUUUGCGCCACCUUCCGAUUACUUUGUGGGACAAAAGAAAGAUAAUUACAGCAGCCAGAAUUUGAACAGUCCUGAAACCUUCUCUGGAAAAACGGAACCAGAAAUAUCAGAGGACCAAAAGGAGUUAUCGGCGCAGGGCAGUACCCGCAGAGCUGAAGUUGUGCCACCAUCUGUGCAAGCGUACAGCAACAGUGUUCAAGGUGGGUCGGCGCCAGCAGAGGCUUCUGGCAGCGAUGCUGAAGAUGGAUCAACAUCAGCAGAGACUGACAGCAGCGAUGAGCAGGACGGGCUGCCGCCGCCACACCCCUACAUGUGCGGUGCUCAGAAUGUGCUGCCAUCGAUGCCGGCUUAUGGCUACGGCGCUCCGCAUAUGAUGCCACCAAUGCAGCCUUAUGGCUACGGCGCUCCGCAUAUGAUGCCACCAAUGCAACCUUAUGGCUAUGGCGCUCCGCACAUGAUGCCACCAAUGCAACCUUACGGCUAUGGAGCUCCAAAUGUGCCAUUUUCAAUGCCCGCUUAUGGCUACGGCACCCAGGAUGUGCCACCACCAAUGCAGGCCUGUGACUGCAGCGCUCAACAUGUGCCACCACCAAUGCAGGCCUGCGACUGCAGCACUCAGGAUGCACCACAGUCAUCAGAGCAGGCCUGUGACUGCAGCUCUCAGGAUGCGCCGCAGCCGGUGCAGGCCUGCGACUGCAGCACUCAGCAUGCACCACAAUCAGAGCAGGCCUGCGACUGCAGCACUCAGGACGCACCUCCUCCAGGGCAGACAUGCAGUGGUGACACUCAAAAUCAGGAACCACUUUACCAAAGUUUAGAUGAUAUGCUGUCUUAUUACAGACAAGUGACUUGAACUGAGCAAAAUAAUAAACAAGAACCAUAAUUUAAAGGUCUGGAGUAGAAUUAUCUUCUGAGCAAGAAUGUUUUCCUACGUCUGGGAAAAAGAAGUUUCUGUAAGUAGAUCAAAAUAAAUCUGCUGGAGAACUAAGCUACCUUACUUCACAGCUGUUCUUUUACCCUGUCUGUUGGUUUUUUUUCCUCCUCUUUAUUAAAAUUAUGUGGGUUUUUUUGUCACUGCUUAAUUAGUUUAGUGCACAUUUUUAUUUACUACUUAUGCCUGAACUUUGGGGUAUAGCUUCUGGUUUGGAGGUACUGUGGGUUCAGUAAUAUCUAUAGAAACAGUAUUGAAAUGGCAGUCCUGUUGCGAAAUACAACAAGGUUUCAAGAAAUUCGUUACCUACUUCAUCACCUGGCUUCAGGGACAGAAGGUGCAGAAUAUCAGCUAGCGAGCAGUUGUGGAGAGUACUCCCCGUGGUCAUAAUGCCUUCAGAGCUCCUGAGGCCUGUAUCUAACCUGUAACUCUGUGAAGCAGAUCAGAGUUGGAGUGGGCACUACGGAAAUCAACAAAUGACAGUAAGUCUAAGAAUAAAUGCUUCACUGAAUUAGAAGCCUUGACACCUGCAAUUACUGUCUUACUGGUGUAGAAGAUGCUCUCUUCAUUGUUCAAGUACAUUCUUGCAUCAUUCUAUUAUAUUUAAGGCUUUAUCUAAUACUUAUUUUUCCUGAAAUCUGUGUAUUGCAGUGGUGAUACAUAAAAGCAGGCUAACCUAUACCAAACAGCUUUUAUUGCAGAAUCUCAGUAAAUGACAGGAAUAUGUAGCAACCAUUUGGAACAUUUGGAAUUGUGAAGGCAAUUUAGAUACCUCCCAUUUGUAUUUUAAAAGCUCAUAAAAGGAUAAAAACUAGAAAAGUUGGUUAGAAUGGGCAGUUGCAUAGUUUCUGUAAAGUUAAAUGACAGUGAUGUCGAAGUGGAGAACACUUGAGCCAAACAGUUUAUGGGCAAAGACACAGAGAUAACACGGUGCUCCCAUGGAACCUCAGCCUGCUCUGUGUAUUCAGUGUCUGCCAACUAUGUUUUAACCUCAGCUAUUAAACACGCUUUUAUUUCUCCUUUUUCUAAUAUUGCUGACGGGACGAAUACCGCCCCACACAAGCACCAGUGGGACCAUUUUAAAGGUGCAGAAUUCCACAGUCCGGUAUUGUUACCGGAAGGCUGAGGGACUGGAGCUUGAUGAUAACUUGGGGUUUCUGUUUCUCCAAACAGACCUAGAAUUGAAGGGGAGAGUAACACAAUGGCAACGUCCACUGUAAAGACAUUAAAGCUUUGUAGUGGUUCCUGCUGCUGCUGUCCUGCACAUAGCUGGGCAGCGCCAGCAUUAGAGUUUAUACUUCUUUCUUUCCGUGAAACUCUUCAGAAUGAAUAAAGAACAUGAAAAAUA